AUGGAACCCACUUGGUAUAAUCACUUCAUCCUCACAAAAACGAAGGAAACCAACCUGUUAAAGGAACGAAAAGAUAUGCUGCAAGCGUUUAAGUUUUGCAAACGUGAACUGGUGAUGAUCAAGUCUGGUAAACCUAAAUAUCUUCACUGCUUUCUCCCUACCAAAGAGGAAGAAGAAGAAUUUGCAAAGAAACCAGUUGCUGAGAUAAUGGUCCCCAACGAUGGAUGGACGAUCAAGAAGGUUCUGACGGGUAGCGAUGUAGGGCACUUGUCGAGAUUAUUGUUGGGGAAACAUGUGGUGGAGAAAUUUAUAUUCCCUUAUUGGGAUCAGACCAUAGCCCAAGCAGUCGAGCAUUCUCGAUUUCGCCAUGAAGUGAAUGUGAUAGACAUAGACACCAUGGGUGAACACAAGUUGUUCUUCUUCAGGUGGGCUUGCAAAGGCUCUUAUAUCUUGCAAGGAAACUGGUCUUCUCAGUUCGUGAAUCGUAGGAAAUUGAAGAAUGAUGAUAUGAUCGGAAUGUUUUGGGAUAUUUCUUCUUCUUCUUUAGUUUUUUCUGUCCUUUCUCGUUCUUCUUAG